AGGGGAUCGGUUGAUAGGGUUUCGGCUGCACUCUUGUUCGGGCGCCGCCGCUGCUCAGGAGCUUCUGUUGGCCGACUUUGAAGCGCUUAGGGGUUAGCUGCGGUCGGGCUGGAGUGCGUGAAGCAGCGUGUGGCCGCGUUCGAGUGCGAGGAUGAAGGCGGGCGGCGGUGCUAAAAAGCGCAAGCUCUCAGGAUGGCCUGAAUCCGAAGCGAGUAAUAAAGCAAUAGAAUUCAACAGCAUCUUACAUGGCAACAGUUCAGGCCUUGAGGUUUUACUGCUUAAUAGAAUCGCGAUAGCAAAAAGCCUCUCUCCUCCACCAAUCGUCUAUGACUUGGAUUGGAAUCCAAAGCCACGUAGCUGUAACGGCAAAAACGCUAUUGCUAUGUUGGCUUGUGCUUCAUCCUAUGGAGCACACAUUUAUUAUUACCCAAGAUCUACUAGGACAUGGACUACAGUGGUGAUGAUGAACAGGCCAACUAGAAAAGGAGACUGUAUUCGUUGGCAUAAAUCUGGACGUACCCUUGCAACCACAUCAAACUACAGUGAUGAAAAAGACGGGAAAGUCACAAUUUUCUCAUAUGACAACAAAACUUUAUGUUUUGAUGCUACAGGCAGUUACUCGAUUAAGGAACAUAGAAAUGUGUCAUCAUUGGCAUGGAUAACCGGUACUGAGAUCCUAGUCGGUGCCAUAUUCCCUUCGUCGUGGCUUUACUUCUUUGAACUGAAAGAAGGUUUAAUAUCAUGCGUACACCAAGAAGAGUGUAAUGGCUUCCCGACCAACUCUCCAAUUGUUCUCCAACCAGAUCCAAAUACUACUUACUUUUUUGCUGCCUGUGAGGAUGCUACAAAAAUUUUGGUUUGGAACAAACUGGAAGGCAGUGACCAUAUCUGGACUAUCAUUCGUAGUGUUGAUUGUGAUAGAGGUAUCUGUGGAAUGCAAUUUGGCAUGUUAACUCGCUCACUAAUUACUAUUCAGAAGGGACAUUGGAAUGUUUGGCACUGGGUUGAGCAAAAGGAUCUGAAGUUACAGUUUACUAGUCUUAAUGAACACAAAAUUGUGAAAGGCAAGAGACUUAAAUAUCGGUCUGAGCUUAUAUCACUUGGAGUUUCCUGCACAGGCAAAGUUGUAGCGAGUGGUGGAACUGGUGAUACAUUCUUAGUGUAUGCAAUGACUGGAACAGCUGCUGGUCCCCCUAUUGCUGUCCAUUGGAACCCUGCAUGUUCGCGCAAUUCAAAUUUUUGUUAUGGCGAAGUUCGAUGCAUAAAGUUUAAUGCAAAGGAAGGUGCAAACUUGCAGAUAGCAACGGGAGGUGAUAAUGGAUUUAUCCAUAUUUGGGCCCUCAAAAAGACUAGCAGCAGAAGCAAAGAAAAGGUGGAUAUAACUCCAGACCGCCGUUAUGAACAUAAGUACUAUUCUAAUCAUCUCCAACCAGAGAAAAUCAAGAUUCCAAGUACUUCCGAUGAUGAGGAGGACGACGAGGACGUUGACAAAGAGGUGGUGAGGGAAGGCCCUUUCGAGGUGGUCGUGGAGUAUGUGGAUAAGGAGGUGGUCAGGGUGGCACAGAAACCAAAGUUUUAUCAGAUUAGAGAAGAUGCUGAAGCCAUUUUGGAAAUCAUUAAUGGAGGAUAUGAUCUACCAAAAGAACAGAUCAAACUUCUGUGCGAAAAAAUUAUCAGUGCAGAUGAUGAAUGAACCAGGUUUUGCAUGGCAAACAACAGCGUGAGAUGAAUAUCAAAUCAUCACUUGUACCUAGCUAAUUCAUGGGCCACAAGAAGUGGCGAACAUAGAGCACAAACUAAGUGUACUCGAUGUCCAGACCUAACCAUUGUUAAUUAGAUUCGCGUACAUUUCACGUAGGAAAAGGUAUUGGAGACAUCCAAAAAUCUUUGUUUUGCCGUUUUCAGGGGGUCUCUAUGGGCACUUGGUAUUUCAGCCGAGCACUUGAACUAAGACAUUGGUCCUCUAUGGGCACUCGCAUUUCAGCCGAGCACCUGAAUAAGCCAUUGAUGUGCGCAAGUAGUUUGAUGUCUUAUUUUC